GAUUGUAAUAGUAAAAAUAUAUAAGUUUGGGGAGCAGAGACAGUGUGUUCUUUGUUUCUUCGUUGGUGUGUUACAGAAAGAUGAGCGGCGGUGGUGGAUCUUCGAGUUGUGCUAGGGUUCCGAUCCCAAACAAUGUACGCAAAAUCAUCCAGGACAUCCGUGAGAUCACCGGCAAGCAGCACACCGACGACGAAAUCUACGCCGUCCUCCGUGAAUGUUCCAUGGAUCCCAAUGAAACCGCUCAGAAGCUUCUCUAUUUAGAUACUUUUCAUGAGGUGAGAAGGAGACGUGACCGCAAGAAGGAGGGAUUGAGCAGCAGAGCUUCUGAUGAGCCUAGGUUAAAGCAAGGCGGACAAGGGAGGGGGGGAAGGGGUGGUUCUGGAGGAUAUUCCUCUAACUUUCCUGGUACAAUUUCCCCACCUUUUAGAGAUGGUGGUGGUGGGAGGAACCAAGCUAAUCGAAGGGAAAAUGGAGUCAAUCACAUUGCAGAGAGAAGUCAUGCUCCCUCUACUCAGCCAUUUUCACAGAAAACUAAGACUAAUACAACAUCUCAAGCUACAAGAGUUUCAGCUGUUGCACCCCAAGGUGCUGCAAAUCAAUCCAAUGGGAAGUCAGGUCAUGAUUCUGGUGGCCAAUCUCCCAUAGUUAGUGUACCUAAAAGUACUUCAGCUGCUAAGGACACUGGCCAUCAAGAAAAUGUCCAACCUCAAGCAGCUGUUGUUGCAGCAGCAUCCUCCUCUACUCAAACCUUUGGCUCAGUUACCAGCUCUGACCAAGGAAUGUCUGUGUCAAGUUCUGAUCAACUUCAAACUUCUGUAUCCGAUGUUCAUUCUUCUUUGGAUCCUGUAGUGGCAUCAUCUGUCUCCCGGAGUCUUGGUGUGAGUGGUGCUAUUAGUAGGGAAGUUGUGAGCAACCGAAUAUCUGCUGGACCAAAUCAUGUUAGAGGAAGUAAAGUUGUUCAUGAAGUUAAUGAUUUAUCGGCAUCAAAGAAUGAAAAAUAUGGGUCCAUGAAUUCAGCAAGCAAAACAAAUUCCCCACAGAAGUUAAAUGAAGUUGAAAAUAAUCAUUUAUCUGAACCCUCACAACUUCCAUCUCCAUCCCCAAAUGAUUCAUUGAGGCCAUCUUCCAGUUCUGGUAGCCAGUCACCUCUAGCUAAUACCACAGAGGUUUCAACUUCAGAAGCUUGUGUGCAAUCUUCAGCAGAGUUGAGGCAACAUGUUACUUUUCCAAACCAUUUCCAAGUAUCCAAGGCUUUAAAAAGUGGUCUGACAUUUGGAAGCUUUGAUACUUUAGGCCCAAGUGAAAAGUCCAACAGUGAAACUGAUGGUGACAAUAAUGCUUCUCCUGCCCUUGAAUUGAGUGACGAAGCUGCAACUUCAAGCAAUCAAAGUGCAUCCUUGACUGCACAAGGAGAUCAUCUUGAUUAUCCACAUUCUUCAUCUUAUUUGAUUGAAAAGGCACCAGCUACAAAUGGCAAUCCUAUAACUGGUACUGACACAAAGGUUGAUCAGUCAAAGAAGGAGGUUUUGUUGGCUCCUGAAGGCCAACAAAUUCCAACUGUUCAAACUGCUCAAAACUAUGGUUUGAAUUUCAUUUCCUCCAUGUUAGGCACUCAGCAAGUUCAAUUUGAGGGAACUGAACCUCAGUCACAAGAUACAUCUCGCUUUCCUAACUUUGUUAAUGCAAGUUCUCAGGCUGUGUCCCCUAGCCCAACUCCACCCCUGCAGAAUUCUAUACCUGUGACUCCACAGUCGGUUUCUAUUUUCAGGCCACCAUACCCUGCUAAUUUCUUCCCAUAUGGCCACUAUUACCCUCCAAUUUAUGUGUCUCCAAUCCACCAAUUUUUAAACCACAAUGGUUUCCCUCAACAACCAUCAGCUGGCAGCAUGUAUCUACCAGCAGCUGCUGGGAUCAAAUUCCCUCUCCCUCAAUUCAAGGCUGGAGCCAACACAGGAAAUGCAGCUCAUAUUGGAAUUCCUUCUGGAUCAUUUAUCACUCCACCUGUAGGAUAUGCGCCAGGUCAAACAGUUAAUACUGGAAGCUCCACUGGAAAUGAAGAUCUGGUAGUGUCUCAGUUAAAGGAAAACCAGAUCUAUACAACAGGACAGCUGAGUGAAGGCUCUGCAGUGUGGAUACCUGCUCCAGGCCAAGACAUGUCCAGUUUGCAAGUUAAUUCUCUGUAUAACCUUGGCCCUCAGGGACAACAUCUCACCUUCCCCCCAACACAGGCUGCUCAGGGGGCAUUUGCUGGUAUGUAUCAAGCAGGGCAGACAAUAGCUUCACCUUCAACCCUUUUGCAACAGUCUCAGGCUGUGGCUGGGCCCGUUGAAACUGUAGGCCCCCCUUCAGGAUCUUAUCAGCAGCCUCAGCCUGCACAGAUCAAUUGGAACUCUAAUUUUUAGGCUGGAAAACAUUUUCUUGAUGCGAUAAUGUUCAUAUGCACACAUGGUGUGCUCUGAUGCAGAACGUAUGAACACUGGCCUGAUCUGAAGUGUAAAUAAAAAUGCGGCCAAAGAAUGAGAAAGGAAAAUUAGUAACUGUUUUCGGUGGGGAUAUUUGGUGCUAACGAUUUUGAAGGGUGCUAGUUGCAGGUUUUCUUUUUCUAUUUUUUUAAUUAAAUUUUUGAGCCUUAAGUUUUAUUUAUCCCUCACCUCUUUUACCCGAGAGAACAUUUAGUUGUUGCUAUAUAAGAAACUUGGUAAGUCCCAGUGAUAAUAUACUAAGCCAAGAAUUGGUAGGUGAGAUAUACCAAUUUUUCCGUUCUAAAUUUCUCACCUGUAUAUUACAUUUUGAUAUCAGAGAACAUUGAAUUAUACAAUUUUUUUUGGAGCAUGAAAA